AACAAUCCUUAUUUACUAUAAUAUUUAACCCACACUUAAUUCAUAAUGAAGUUUGCAUUAUUAUUCGCUGUUACACUAAUUGCGCUGGUAUCGGCAGUGCCGGCGCCCGACGACCCGCUGGAGGUAUACAAACAACAACUGGUGGCCAGAGUUGACGCUCAGGAGAAACUGACCGAAAAGGAUAUCAAACACUUCGACACAACGAAACUGAAAGACUCGCCGCAACAGAAAGAGCUGAAGAACUCAAUGGUCGAGUUGGAGGGCUUCCGACCCGAUAUCAAGAAGGGUGCGUCGGUCGAGCAGUUGGAACCUGUUGAACGUAACCUAGGCUAUUUGGAGAGCUGGGAACCAUACUAUGUCGAGGAGAUGGAAAAGUUGUUACAUCAAUAAGUCU